GCAAUAAAGAUCAUAAUUCCGGAAGUCCUGAGACUCCUUUAGAAGAUUACAUUGAAGAGGAAAACCCAGAAAAAAAAUCAUUAUUUGAUGGAUUCAAUCCGGGAGAAAAGUAUGGCCAGCUCAAAGAUAAAUUUAAGAACUUGAAAUGGCCUUUGGGUGGUAAUAAAGAUCACAAUUCCGGAAGUCCCGAAACUCCUUUAGAAGAUUACAUUGAAGAGGAAACCCCAGAAAAAAAAUCAUUACUUGAUGGAUUUAAUCCUGGAGAAAAGUAUGGCCAGCUGAAGGAUAAAUUUAAGAACUUGAAAUGGCCUUUGGGUGGUAAUAAAGAUCAUAAUUCCGGAAGUCCUGAGACUCCUUUAGAAGAUUACAUUGAAGAGGAAAACCCUGAAAAAAAAUCAUUACUCGAUGGAUUUAAUCCUGGAGAAAAGUAUGGCCAGCUCAAGGAUAAAUUUAAGAACUUGAAAUGGCCUUUGGGUGGCAAUAAAGAUCAUAAUUCCGGGAGUCCUGAAACUCCUUUAGAAGAUUACAUUGAUGAGGAAAACCCCGAAAAAAAAUCAUUCCUCGAUGGAUUUAAUCCGGGACAGCACUAUGAUAAGGCUAAAAAUGCACUCCAAAAUUUGAAGUGGCCGUUGGGUCAGCAUAAGAAAAAUUCAGAAUCACCGGAUGAUAACGAAACAGAUCAUGAAGGGAAGGAGCACGCGAAACCUAAUUCUUUUUUUGAUAAUUUAAAACCAGGAGAGAAAUUUGAUCAAGCUAAGAAUGCUGUUAAAAACAUGAAGUGGCCGAAUUUAUUUGGUCGUAAAAAUCAAGAUCCCAAUUCGCCCGAAGGUGAUGAAUUUCCCUUAGCAGAAUUGGCCGAUGAUUUGAAAAAAUUGGAAGAAAAAAUACCCGAUGAACAUUAUCCCGUUCAUGGUCUGAAUCCGCAUCAUUCUGAAGGAUCUGAACAUGAACCUGAAAACUCACCUGACUCUCAUUAUUACUCAGCUGAAAAUCCUGAUGAUAAAUCUGGAAAUGAAUCACUUGAGCCGGAAACCAUGGGGGAAAUGUUGGAAGAAGAAUUAGAAGAACUAGAAAAAGAAGCUCAUAGUCCGGAGAAACCAGAUCAUCAAUGGCCGGAUUGGUCUUGGAAUCACCACGAUGAUCAAGAACCAGAGUCACACAAGCCACAUUCUGAGAAACAUGGACAUGAUGGUACUCAUCAUGAUGGACAUUCUCCGGAAGAGGAACAUGGCAGUCCUAAACAUCACAAAGAGUCACAUCAGCCAAAGAAACAUGAUGUGGAUGAAAAAGAAGACUUUUCAGAAAUUCCAAGUUGGUUUUGGGCCCCUGCAACGAAAGAUUCUAAAUCCAAAGAACAUAAGAAUCAUCAUCCUCAAAAACAUGAUACUGAACUUUAUCAGGAAACCAAUUACGAUGUUCGUGAUAUUGGAAAUAAUCGAGAGAAAGCAAAAACGCAAGGAGAUGAUAGCGAUGGUGACGGAACGGAGGACGAAGAUGACGAUGACGGUUCCGACGACGACGAAAAUAAAGAUGGAAAUGAAACUGACGAUAACGACGAAGAUGAUGAUAAUGACGUCGGUCACGAGAAAGAAAAAGGAAACGACGAAAUAGAUCCAGACGAGGAGGAAAUUCUAAAAGAAUUAGAAGAACGAAACAAAGAGAAAGAUAAAGGUAAAAAGAAACCUAAACGCGACAGCAGUGAUGAAGCUGAUGAUGAUUCCGAUUCAGACGACGAAGACGAUGAUGAUGACGAUGACGACGACGACGACGGAGCAGCAGACGACCAGUAUUUAGAUGAAGCCAAAAAGAACUUCUCUAUUUGGAAUCUCGUUCUGCCAAUGAUCAAGGAACAGUUGCCUAGUAUUCCUAAUCCGUUCAGUGUGCUGAAUCGAGUCACUGUUUCUUUCGGAUCCAUUAACGAUCUGCAAAGAGAUCCGGAGUACUUGCAGAAGUCAUUGAUUAAAAAAGUCAAUCAAAAAUAUAACGAAAAACACGAGAAAGCCUUACCCGGAACAACCAUAUCGUUUUGGCCUCCAACUAUUACUCGUGGAUGAAAAUUCACCGAAUCACUGGAAAGUACCCAAACCUACCUACUGCCGUAAAAGAAAAGAGCUCAGUUUGCUUACCAAAGUUGGAAAUUAUUGUAUCGAUAAUAAACUUUACAAAAAUCGAA